AUGUCGACGAGGUCGACAAUGUCUACAAAUCGAAGAUGUGAAGUGGGCCAUCCCAUUUGUCACUGCGGCAAUCAAUGUCGUCUGACGACGUCAUGGACUGACAACAACCUUGGGAGAAGAUUUUGGGGCUGCGCCGAUUAUGGGGUCAGAAGAGGUUGUGCAUUCUUUGAAUGGUAUGAUCCACAGGUAUGCGAAAGGUCCAAGAUUGUGAUAUCUGGACAAUUGAAACGAUUGCGUAAGGAAGAAGAGGAAAACCGAAAAUUGAAAAAAAAGGUUGGAGCUGCCUUGAAAGCACAAAGAUUUCUAUGA